AUGCUUUAUAGAAGCAAAAUGUCGUCGUUGUUUUCAUAUUGGAGAGUACAAAAAAAAUUGCCAGAUCCAACAGGCCCUUUUACAGUAGGAUGCACAGAUUACAUGUGCGCUGGAAACGAAUCUGUUGGAGGGAAAAAUGCCGGCAGCUUCAUUCGUUUCUUUUACCCAGUCUGCCCAGUGGAUAAGACUGUUGGACCAAUCGAUGAAUCAAAGUGUUGCUUCUGGAUUCCUCGUCAAGAAUAUACAACAGGGCUUCUGAAAUUUAUGAAUCUUCCCGUUUGGUUAUUGUCACAAUUCUUUUAUUGGAGCGUUGGUGAGUUAAGCUUUGAAUACUUGACGUUGUCCCCUAACGGAAAAUGCAGAAAAUGAAAGAGUCCCGGGAAAGAGUUUCUUACCAAUUAGUGCGAUGAACGAGCUUUAUUUUAGCAAAAGUCCUGAACAUAAAAUAAGAAGCCUGUGACUCUUUAUCCUUCACUUGACAAUGGACAGAAACAAUUAAGUCACCAAGAACUCAAGUUGUGGUCGGAAUAUUAGUGAAUGUACGCAACAUGACAGGAGAGGAAAGAAUACAGCAAACCUUGUGUGACAAGCGUGGCAGUAUUUUUGUUUGAAACAAAUUUUUCAAAAAACAGAUGUUUUUGCAAAGACCAGAAAAUAUUAAUGUUAGAAGAGGAUCACAACAUAACACUCAAGUAAUAGGCCUGUCAUGUUUGUCACACACAGGCAUUUUGCUGUCCUCUUCUUUCUGCCAUCCUGUUGUAUAAACUCACUUUUUCUGUUUCAAGCUUGGAGAGUACAGUGAAUCUGGGUGCCCUGUGCUUACCUUGAAAACCUUGGCUUUGUGUGCCUCUCUGUGGCCUAAAAGUAAGGUGCGGGAUCACCUCUACCUCCCGUAGUUUGCCAAAUCCAUUGUCUAUUAUAUUGUAAUCAAACAGAUUUUAUAGUACAUAUUGCAAUUAAAUUCUUUUCCUGUUGUUCUCAAUUGAAUGUGUGAAAGAAAACUUGUAAAAGCAAAACAAGACCUUAAAAGAACAAACUAAGAUUAAUAAUUUAAUUUUAGCAAAACAUAUGGUUGUACCUAUUUGAGGUGACAACAAUUUUUACCCACAACUACAGUAAUGCUUUGUUUUUAAAUGCUGGUUUCAGGGAAUCUUCGUAUACCUGCAGUAUACAAUGCCCCUGUUUUUAAACCCAGCAGUUGUAGUUUGGAGAUGCAGUCAUUGCCUUGUGUAGUGUUUUCACAUGGCCUGGGUGGCAACCGUCUUCUUUACAGUACCUACUGCUGUGAUCUUGCUUCGCAUGGUUGUCUUGUGGCAUGUGUUGAACACAGGUAAGCCAUGUACACUGUGAUGAUAGAGUUAAGUUGUAACUAAAUCACAGGAAACCCAUAUUGCCAGAGUUUAACCAUAUUUAAUUUUAUAUAACACCCAGUGGAACCUCUCCUGAGAAUGACCACUUUUUUAGAGAGGUGACCGUGUGUGUACAGCUGUACAUGUAAGACAGUGUGAUAUAAGUGACAUUUGUAGAGAGAUGGUCAUUUACUGAGGGUCCCUAUACAUGUACAGACCACUCCCGAUAACUUAACCCUCGCUAACUUGAACCUUGUGCUACUCUAACCAAAAUCGAUUUCCCCUGGAUUUCCUUCACAAAUUUACCACAAUUUUACCCUUGGUCACUCAAACCCUUGAUAACUUGAACCUCCCGCUAACUCGAAGUAAUUUUUGUUUCCCUUCUGAUCAUUUCUGUAUAAAUUUACCCUCGAUAACCCAAACCAUGUUUUGAGCACCUGACAUAAGUCUAAAAAAAAAGUGCACUGAGUCCAAAUCAUUGAAUUUAUUUUAACAGCCACGUAUUCUUUGUCUUUACUUUUUGGUCUGUCCAGUUUAAAUACAGUGUCCAGCACCAUGUAUUUAUCAAGCUUUGAAGUGUGCAUGAUGUGGCUUGAAUUCAUUCCCCAUUCCAUUUCCUUAUUUUCCAUUAUGUUACUUCGAACUCCUGAUAACUAGAACUAUUUUCGAUUUCCCUUGAAGGAUUGAGUUAUCAGGAGUGGACUGUAGGUUUUUCAGGAUCCAUGAUUUAGCUUAUUUUAAGGUUUUCACUUGGGAUGAGAAAGGAUAGCUUUGGACAGUUGUCAACAGGCAAGGGGAGCAAAAACAAAACUCCCAUAAAAUUUCAGUUUCUCUUUAUGAUCACUGAAAACAGCUAAACAACAAGAAAAAAACAUUAACAGGAAAGUGCAUUAAGUGACAAUUUUGUAGUGAUAUUAACAGAAAAUAUUUGCUUUGCAAAUCGCCAAUAUUUGAUUUUUUUGGUGAUAUAAAAUAAAAAAGGCCAAUGUUUUAAAGUUUGUCAUUAAAAUAAUUUUUUUUAGAGAUGAGUCAGCAUCUGCAACAUAUGUUUUGAAAGAGAAAGAGGACUCUGAAAUCACAGAAGAGUGGAUCCAAUAUCACCCACUGCAACCAAGUUACAAUGAGUUUGAAUUUAGAAACAAUCAGGUUGGUAAACUGUGCUAGACAUUUUUUUUAUAUGGUUUUAUGAAAUUUCUCUUAGAUCAGUCUAAGGAGAAUUGCUAAACACCCUGUCUUCUAUAAAGACUAACUUGGGUGCCCUGUGCAAGUGUCUAUAGUGAUGCCUUAUAUGGUGAUAUUUUUAUAAUGUAUUUUUUUCUCUUAGGUUCAUAAAAGAGCAGAUGAAUGUAUAUAUGCUCACAACUUACUAGAGAAAAUUCAUGCAGGAGAGUUUCCUCACAAUUUGUUCAAAGAUUCAUCCAUUUUAACACAACUAAAGCUACAUGUAUGUGAACUAAAAGUGAUUGUUUUGGUAAUAUUAAUAACCACAUGUAUAAAAAUUUAUAAGGAAAACUAUUUUCUUAUUUUGCUCUUCUCUUUUAAAAAAUGCAUGGAAUGAAUGUUCUGUUGCAAGCCCUCCUUUGAAUGAUCUCUUGACCCCCCUACAUUUACCUCUUUUAAUAAGUUUUGUUCAAGAAGAUGAACUGCAUCCCUUAAGUCAAACCUAGGCUUGAUUACUGGCCUAAAUCAAACCUCAACUAGCAGCUGCUUCUUUUCAAUUGCUCCUUUUCUUUGCUCUAACUGAUUCAAUGACACAACAAGUUUUAAUCUGUCUUAAACAGGGCUUCUGAUAUUUUCUGGGAUGUUGUGAUUUUGCAAGUUAUUGACCUCAAAUUGCAGAAUUCGUGAAAAAUCACAUAAUUCGUGAAAAAAAUGCUAGAUUCAAGAAAGAAAAAUUAUAAAUUCUACCUUUAAUUAAACAUUUUCUCAAUCUUAAUGUUAUUUAAGGUGAUUUACCACUCAAGACAGCCUUGCAAGACAUCUGAAACCUUUUUUGUUUUCUUUCUGGGUCAUGAUAAUUGGACAGAUUCAACUAUCUUGUUUUAAAAUAGAUGUUUAUUAUUCUUUUACAUUCAAAUUGCCUAUUAAACAACAUUAAAGUGAUUUUUCUCCUUUGAAACCUGGUAAAACAAUGUUAUUUAGCCCUGAAAAAAUCACAUAAUUUAUCGCAUAAUAGUCCUGUCUUAUUGCACAAUCUGCCCUGAAAAUGCCGCUUAAUUUCUGAUUUUUUAUCGCACCCUAUUAGAAGGCCUGUGUCUAAACUGGCUAUCACCCUACAAGUAUAUUUUCCUGUGUAUCCUUAUUUCUUUUGGUUUGCCGUCGAUCUUCACAACUGUUAAUAAUGUUUGACUUGUGUGUUCACCUCUGAAGUGGCCACCACCCUACCAUGGACACUUUCCUCUGUCCCAAAGAUAGCCACUGUGAAGAUCAUAAUCUGACUUUAUUCCACACUAAGUCUCCCGCUCAAUAACAGUAUAAAAAUGGACAACAAUUUUUCAGACCAUUUUGACCAUAGAAAUGCUGUAAAAGUGUUGAAAACUCAUUCAAGUGGAAUGGCGAGUGGUUUCAACGCAAUUUAUUUGAGGUCUUUUUCUAGUGAGGUUACAGCUGUAUCUUGGAAAAUCACAAAUUGUGUCAUCAUCAUUAUCAGUUCCAUUGUCCGCGCCCUCAUCAGCCAUAAAUUUUUUUUUUAACCAGUCAGUGUAGAAAAAAUCGCUCUGCUGUUGUAACAUUUUUUUUUCAUUUAAGGGAAGGUUGGACUUGAGUAAAGUUGCAGUUGUGGGCCAUUCAUUUGGAGGAGCUACCACAGUGUUGACUUUGGCAAAAGACAAGCGAUUUAGGUGAGGAACUCAAGGAUCAGAGUCCUUGAGUAUAUCCAUAGCAAGGGUAGCUCAAGGGGGGGUGGCGUAGUGGUGACAGCAUUUGCCUCUCACCAGUGUGGCUUGGGGUCACAUCCCAGCAUCAAUGCCCUAUGGGUGUGUUGCAGAGUUUGUCGUUGGGUCUCUCACAUGUUCCCUGACAACCUCGUUCCCAGGGUCCUCUCCUACCCUCUCUCUCGCUCCGUAGGGAUGGGUAGGAGAGGACCCUGGGAAUGAGGUUGGUUCCCUGAGAGGUUUACUUCAGGUACUCCAGUUUUCCUAAGUCUAGUUUGACUAAGAAUGGCAAGCAAAGAAUGGCUAUGUGAUAAUAGUGUUACUUCUAAAUCAUUGUUAUUUCUAUUAUUUAGUGUGAGAUACUGAAGAGGGUGUGUCUUGCCCACUGUUUCCCUUACAUGACAAAAUCAAGUUACUUAGGAGUGCACUACUGAAAAUGGCCAAAUGUGCUAAUAGGUGGAAGAAUACAAAACCAAAAUGUAGGUCGUUUCUGAGGUUCAAGUGCAACACCUUUUGUUAUUUCUUUUUUACCAUUUUUUAAGGUAUAUAAUGUACUAAGUUACAGCACUGUAGUGGACAGUUUAAAUUGUGGAUUAGCAUGUAUAUCUAAUAAAUUCCCUCUCUUGGAGACAUAGACAGUAGUCUAUGAAUUGUUUAAAACUUGCGGCCUGUGAGCAAGGUCCUGGUAGGGUUGGGGGCGGGAAGCUCACUCAGUGGUGUUUUUUUCCUCUAACCCCCAAUCCUUGAGAUCUUAAAUUCUUGUAGAAGGCUGGAGAAAAUCGUCAAGGAAUGGACAUUAAUUUAAAUAUGUGGUUUUAUACAGAUGUGGUGUCGCUCUGGAUGUGUGGAUGUUACCGUUAGGAGAAGAGAUCUUUAAAUAUGAUGUAAAUCAACCUUUGUUUUUCAUUAACACUCAAGCUUUCCAUCGCUGGAAGGAAAACAUGGAACCAUUGAAAAACUUUAUAAACAAAAAGCCAGGUAAGCAUUCUUAUCUUGAAACCUCUUAUUACUGCUCUUUUCACAAACAUGCGAAUUCUGAAGUUCUAAAGCCCACUGACGAUUGCAUUUUGCGCUGCCGUCAUUCAUCUUAACCCAUUCGCCCCUGAACCGCCCGUAACCGCCCGUGCGAAUCCACGUCCUUUCUACCCUUUGUGACGUCAUCAGUUUUAACGGUCAAGGACAACUUUGUCCACUAACUUGUGCAGAGUGAAGAGAUCUUUCAAACCAUACCAGAAUGAGCACAAUUUAGUCAAGGACACCGCAGAAAGAAGCAAAAAACCAUGUGACAUUGACCUGAAAAUCUCCCUGAAAAUCUUGUUCCAUUGCUCACCUACCUUUCCUUUCACCUAAUCCUAAGAUCCUAAAAGCUUUCCUAAAAACUCUUCCCACCAACAUGAAGCCUACUAAAUGCCCAGCAAGAGAAAAAAAAAUGAGGCAAGAAAAGCGAAAAAAGAAGGGAGGAGAGAAUCUCGAAAUUUUGCUUUCUGCGCAUGCCCGAACUUCGCAAGCUGAUAUUUUGCAUCUGGAUCAGAAGGCCGCGAAGUGUACGACCUGUAAACGGGUUUGUGGUAAGUUUUAGCUCUUUAUAGCACGACAGUGACCAGAAAACCACUCGACUAGCUUCAAAACACGUUUUUCGGCAAAAUCUCCAGGAGCGAAUGGGUUAACGGACCUCUUAGGAAGCAAACCUUUACUUUAACGGGUUCAAAAGGUCAUGGUUUGUGAUUUGUGAUUGGUGGAUUUUGUAUGUUUCUGUGUUUCAAGGUUCGUUGCUUGUGCUCGUAAUUAUGAUUGCGAAAAACGAAAUUGUAAAAGCUUUUGAACUUUAGAGUUCGCAUGUUUGUGAAAAGUGCAGCAAUCAAUGCCACUUUAAUCGUUUGCGAGGUCUGUGAUGUAAAUUACGGAGCAAGUUCCCAAGCAGGUUCCCUGCUAGUAGAGGUGUCUCUCUGCCUCGUCAUGAGGUAGUUAGUGGACCAUAAACGAGGUGGAAAAUCAGGAUCCCUUAACUGCAGUGCAGACAAGAAGAAGUUACAAUCAUGUAAUGAGACAGGGCUGUCAUUAGCUGGCCUGUGUGGCAGGAGCAAAAAGGGGAGGGGGAGGGAGAAAAGCGCGAAAGUGGGGAAAAGGGAAUCCCACUCCCUUUUUCCCUUCCUCCCUAUCCCCUACCCCUUUCGACGCCUGCUACGCAGGCUAUCAUUAGAAGUUUUGAGUUUUAUAUUUGUCUCGUAGGGAAACCGACAAAUCCUAAUAUUAAAUUUUGUUAUGUGUGACUCGUUUUCAAACUAAGAAUAGCCGCAAUCUGAAAUUUGCGCUGUAAAAAUGAUGGACCGAGUGGGAAGUCGAACUUCUAUAGGAAGUGUGCACCCCUAAAUCGAGGGGAAAAUAAUGCUCCAUAUUAAAAUGCAGCACGGGAGGAGAAAAGGAGAGUAAUAAGAUAUUUAUUUUAUUGAUUACUUAUCACAGAACGAGAAUGACUUGACAGGAGUGUCAAAACAUCUAAUUCACGAAUCAGUUUUCCUUUCACCGACUUCACCUGUGUCUGACACGUUACGAUAACUUCUACCUUCUGUCCCCGAUAAACUGAGAACGUCAAGUGACAUCUUCUUUACUUUCAACACUCGAAUUGUAAGUACUAAUUGGAAGAAAGACUCUAUACUUCUUUAAAAAUGCACAUAAAACCUUUUAACUUGCUUCAUUGAUCGUGAGGUUCCAUCUCUUGCAGAUCAACGGCCUAUUAUAGCCAUAAGGUAAGCGUGCUCUUUCUUUGACUAAGAAACCUGGUCUUGGUAUUCAGUUAAUUUUGUUGCGUGGCCAGUCAGUGUACUUGUAAUAGGUAGUUUAAGCCACAGCGUUUUUGUGCGACGCAUGUCAACUUGAAGUGGGCUUUUUGCAAUCUUGGACCGUGAUUUUGAACAAGUAUUCCAGCUGAUCAUCUCCAUCAGAGUAAAGACAUUUAGCAAUACAAAUUUGGUAGCCUCAAGGCAUAUUAAAAGGGAAAAGGAUUUACUUCCAGUUGAUGUGCGUCGCUCAAAAACGUCGUUGCUCAGCUCGCGGAAGACUGACGACUAAUUUGUUUAUCGCAGGUGGACCAAGCACAUGAAUCAAUGCGACAUUCCAUCCGUUCUACCCCCAUAUAUUUUGCGCAUGACAUCCCUUGGUAGCAAGCUUGAUCCAUCCACUGCAGUUGGUCUCCACAGAAGGGCUGUUUGGGCCUUUAUAUCAAGACAUUUUGGUACUUGUUAG